AAAAUAAAAUCACUUUUCACACAUUUUGCGUCGCGUGUUGUGUUAUGAAUAAAACUGUAACAAUGUUUAGUUAGAUAGUGUUAAAGUGAAUAAGUAAAUAUAUCUGAAAAUUAGGAAGUGAUUAGAAGCAAACUGUGAUCAGAAUGUAGCGCUUAGUCAAGUUCCCAAAUCCGCAAUCCUAUGUUAUUUUAUUGAUCUUUUGUUACACUGGACUGUAAAUAAAUAGAAACUGUUAAAAUGUCUGUGGUUAAAGGAAAAAUGAUGAAGAUGGAAGUCAUUCAAGUUGGUGAAUACGAAUUCACAAAACAAGAUAUUAUUGGACAUGGAGCCUUUGCUAUGGUAUACAAAGGAAGGAAGAGAAAGAACCCGUCGCAAUCGGUAGCCGUCAAAGUGGUGACCAAGAAGGGUAUCCAAAAAGCGUCAGAGAUCUUGGUCAAAGAAAUCAAGAUUUUGCGAGAGCUCACUGCUCUCCAUCAUACAAACCUCGUGGCCAUGCACGAUUGCAUGGAUAGCCCUGCCUAUGUUUACGUCGUCAUGGAGUACUGCAAUGGCGGCGAUUUGGCGGAUUAUCUGCAAGCGAAUCGGCUGCUAAGUGAGAGUACUAUCCGGCUGUUCUUGCGGCAGCUGGCAGAGGCCAUGCGCGCCAUUCAUGCAAAAGGCAUUGUACACCGCGACCUCAAGCCGCAGAAUAUUCUGCUCACACAUAAUGUCGCCCCACCGCGUACUCCCCACCCCUCAGAAAUGACACUGAAAAUAGCUGACUUUGGCUUUGCGAGGUUCCUCGAAGAAGGAAACAUGGCCGUCACUCUAUGCGGCUCUCCUAUGUACAUGGCACCCGAAGUAAUUAUGUCACUAAAGUACGACGCUAAAGCAGACUUGUGGAGCUUAGGCACGAUAGUUUAUCAGUGCUUAACUGGUAAAGCUCCUUUUCAAGCCACCACUCCGCAUGAACUAAAAGCGUUCUAUGAAAACAGCGUAGAUCUUCAGCCCAAGAUGCCAUCGGGAACCAGUCCAGAACUAUGUAAUCUCCUCAUUGGUCUACUGCGACGUAGCCCACGCGAGCGUAUGCCCUUCGAAGCCUUCUUCAACCAUCCGUUCCUACAACGGCCCCGAUAUACAUCGACGGGUGGUAGCAGCGGCAUGGGCGCGACGACGGCAAAUCCAAUGUCACGCGUGUCAAGUACGCCCCGGGUAGUGGCCCCCGCCCCCGCCCCCGCACCUACCCCCGCACCUGCCCCCGCGCCUGCACCGUUACCACAACAGCUCGCGGCACCGAAAAAAACACAUCCCACUUCAUCCGCCGAGUCGUCGGGCACGACUUGGGCGGACGACGACGGUUUUGUGAUGGUAGACGCGGAGGGCGGGUCGGGUGAGUGCUCGGCCUCCUCGGGCUCCGAGGCGACGCCGCGGCCCCGCUCCCUGCCGCUCCAGGCCGCACCGCCGCCCGCCAACCCUCCAGACACAGUACAAUACCGGAACACGAUCGAGCUAGCAUCGAAUAACACCGUGCCGCGCUCACAGCCGAUCGACGUGCGACGCGCCACCAGCCGAACGAACAACAUCGGCUCACUAUCACCGCCCACUGUACCAUUCACUAUGGGCACGCCGCGUCUUCGCCGCCGGAGUAGCAACUCUGGCAGCUCGCCGCCGCCAUCUUUGUGGCAGGUGUCGCCCACUAACGCCAGCCCCCUACGCAGAUCAGGUUCUUCGCCCCCGGUGUCACUGACGCUGAAGGCAUCAGGCGAGGGCGGCGGCAGUGGAUCACCGAAGCGCGGUGUGGCGCUCCCCGAUACGUUACUACGCGGCCUGAAGCUGCACCAGCCCGAUCCGCCCCUGCACAUACCCAAUCUACAAGAGGAAACCAUACUAGCGGAGGAGCACAGCAAGGUGUUCUCGCAGUUAAAUUUCGUCCUUAUGUUGGCUGAACUGCUAUCAGAGUUGGCGGUUUCCUGCGGUGCACCUAUAGCCGCGCUUAUGGAUGCCUCUGAUGAACGUUGCAACGAGAGCGUGCGUCUCGGUCUGCUCGUGCAGGCGAUGCAAGCGCUAGCGGCCGGUCUGAGACUCGCCGCCGCUCAUUACCGGAACCGCACGCUGCAGCCCACGCCUCAAGUCAGGAACGUGGUAUCUCUGAUGAACGGGAAGUACAAAUGCAUCGUCAAUGAGUCGAGGAGGCUCCAUGAAGCGGGUAUCACGCCCGCUGUCUGCGAUAAAAUCCUCUACGAACACGCCAUCGAACUGUGCCAAAUGGCAGCGAUCGAGGAGUUGUUUGGUGACGUGAAGGAGUGCGAGCGACGUUACAUGUCCGCGCAAGUGUUGCUGCACUCUCUAGUGCAGAGACAUCCUCUGCAUCCAGCACACCGCACCACACUAUCUAAAUAUCGGGAUGCUGUUCAAAGGCGGCUAAAUUGCCUCAAAGGGCCGCGUAAAAUAAUGGAAGUGAAACUCGAGGCUGGGAUCUCAUAAUGCAAUAAGCGAGUAAACAUAGGCGUAAGCACAGUAGAUGCAACAUGAGAAGUGAUUUUAUUUUGUUCUAUGAAACUGACUCAGUGUAGCUGAGGGACAACAUAAUAAAAAAAUGUAAAAUGGAGUAAGUGAAUUAUAUAAAUUACAAAAAAAAGAAAUCAUUGUACACAAAAUGUUCUGAAAUGAUUGAAGAUUACUUGAGAUUGCAAUAGUGAACUAUAUUUUUUAUAUGAAGUGAAGUAACAGAGUAUAGAGAAAAGAUCAUGCAAGUUGUAGUAUAAUAAUCGCCUAGGAAAUGUUACAACUCGAAAAAUUGAGACGAUAAUAGCUUUGAAAUUAAUACGAUAUAGACUAUAUAUAGCUGUGUGUUUGCAUUCUUUCUUGAAAAAAUGGUUGUUUGUAUUCAUAAGGUUUGUAAUUGUACUACAAUUUCCAUUGUGAGGAGUUAUCGUAAACUGAACGACAAAGUUUCAGUAACUUGUAACAUAUUUUUCAGUCCUCCCUCGUGGUGUAGAAUUAACUUACAAAACAUUAAAAAAUAACAAAAAGAGUAGAAACGUAGUAUUUUUUCCAAAUAAGUCUCAUAGGUAAAGUUUUAUUAUUACCUACUGUAGUGUUAUUAUGUGGAAUGAAAUUAUUAAGUAUAUAUCUCAAUAUAGACAUAAUGCUAUAGAGAUCUCAUUAUCGACCAAUAAAAAUAAUUAUGGCAUUUUUAGGUUAAGCUACAAAUUAUGUACUAGUAUUUCUUUAAAAUAACUGAAUUAAUGUUUUUACUUUUAUGCCCUCAAGUCAUUAUUACUUUUUUAUUUGACAAAUUGUGAUCAUAAUAUGUAUUCUCACCUCAUAGUGUCCAAUGCUUUAUUGAAAUAAGAAUAAAGACUGUUGUAUUA